GGAGAAUAUCCCCCUUUAAUAAAACUUAGCUUGCUUUCUCUUUCUCUCUUAUCUUAAUCAUGAAUCCUUUCUUCAAUAUUCCAAAAUUCAGUGGAUGGUUCUAUGCUCUAAACAGAGUUCGAGUUCACUCUAUUUUAAGUCAGAGGCCUCGUUAUCUGAGCCAAAUUAGUGAGAAUAAUCUUGAAACUCACCCAUGGCAAUCCAAAGAGGGCUUAAUGAGAUGUUCUGCAAAUUAUUUUCCUUUGACACCAAUUAGUUUCUUGGACAGAGCAGCUAAGGUGUUUAGAGACAGAACUUCAGUAGUGUAUGGUUCUUCUGUUAAAUACACCUGGGAGCAGACUCAUAAAAGGUGUUUAAAGCUGGCUUCUGCUCUCUCUCAUCUGGGCAUUUCUCGUGGGGAUAUUGUUGCUACGCUAGCCCCUAAUGUACCUGCAGUGCAAGAGUUGCAUUUCGCGGUGCCAAUGGCAGGAGCAGUGCUUUGUACAUUGAAUACACGCCACGAUUCAGCUAUGGUAUCAGUCCUCCUAAGACAUUCAGAAGCUAAGCUCAUUUUCGUCGACCAGCAGUUAUUUGAAGUUGCUCAAGGAGCACUGGAUCUUCUUAUUGAUGCCAAAACAAAACCUCUCCUAGUAUUAAUCCCUGAUCCUGAAAACCUCCCUCCUCCUGUUGCUAUGCCCAAUGUUCAUGAAUAUGAAACUCUUCUGGCAAGUGGAUGCAACGAUUUUGCAAUAAAGUGGCCGUUGACUGAAUUUGACCCUAUUAGUGUUAACUAUACUUCUGGGACAACAUCACAGCCUAAAGGAGUUGUAUUCAAUCAUAGAGGUGCAUAUCUCAAUUCUAUUGCUACUUCUUUUACUCAUGAGAUGGGCUAUAUGCCUACUUAUCUUUGGACUGUUCCAAUGUUUCACUGCAACGGAUGGUGCCUUAAUUGGGGCGUGGCUGCACUUGGUGGCACUAACGUUUGCCUUAGACGUGUCUCUCCAAAGGAAAUUUUUGAUAAUAUAUCCCUCCACAAGGUCACACAUAUGAGUGGUGCACCAACGGUCUUGAACUUGAUAGCGAACUCACCUAAAAGUGACCGCAAACCACUUCCUCACAAGGUUGAAAUUACGACAGGUGGUUCACCACCGCCUCCUCAUAUCAUUUCCAAGAUGGAGGAGUUAGGCUUUUCUGUAUCUCAUAUAUAUGGGCUCACAGAGAUUCAUGGUCCUUGUACAUCUUGCCUCCGGAAGCCAGAGUGGGAAUCAUUACCUCCUGAUGAACGACUCGCUCUGAAAGCAAGACAAGGAGUGGAACACUUUUUUACUCAGGAAAUUGACAUAAGAGAUCCUGACACAAUGGAGAAGGUGCCAGAUGAUGGUAAGACAUUAGGUGAAAUUAUGAUUAGAGGGAACUGUGUGAUGAGUGGAUACUUGAAGAAUGUUAAAGCAACAGAAGAAGCGUUUAGAGGUGGAUGGUUUCAUACUGGUGAUCUUGCUGUGAGGCAUCCAGAUGGUUACAUUGAAGUUAAAGACAGGAUAAAGGACAUUAUAAUCUCGGGAGGUGAAAAUAUUUGCUCGGUUGAGGUGGAAAGAGUUUUGCUCAAUCAUCCGGCAGUCCUUGAAGCAGGUGUAGUAGCCAGACCAGAUGAUCUCUGGGGGCAGACGCCUUGUGCAUUCGUCAAGUUGAAGGAGGGAUUCAGUUUUGGUUCUGAAGAAAUAAUCAACUACUGUCGAGAUCAUUUGCCUCAUUACAUGGCUCCUCGGACUGUCAUUUUUGAAGAUCUGCCAAUAACUUCUACUGGCAAGAUACAAAAGUUUAUCCUAAGGGAAAAAGCAAAGGCUUUGGGCAGUCUUUGUUCAGUAAAACAAAGCAGUCCUCCUCUGUAUGCAUCUUCUGAAGGUUAGAAAAAAUUCCACUCUUAUUUCAAUAAUGAGUCAAUCUUUGGCUGUAGCUAUUGUCAAUCCAGUAUUGUGAAAAGAUCAACUUCAAAGCAAACAUAUCUAUGUGACUCAAAUUCUAUCA